UCGCUAUCUGUUGAAUACUGUCAAGAAAACAAGGAGCUUGCACCAGUUUCUCCACUUAGUAACCCAUGUGAACUGUUUAGUUGUAAGCUCCCCAGAAUUGAACUGCUGAGGGGAAAACAGAAUUGCUCUGUGAAGGUGUCUUAAAUCAGAAGAUAAAAUGAGUCAACGCUUAUUUAAAUAGCAGUUAAAACAGAAGAUCCGUUGAAGAUGGAAACUUUGAAGUCAUCCCUACUGUUGACUGUUCUUAUUUUCCUGGGGAAUCCUCCACCUCUAAUAGUUGCCAAACUUGUCCUGGUGAAUAAAGGGAUCACUGUCGAGAGGGGACGAGUUGCAUAUGUGACUGAAAAUGAGCUACAAUUCAACAUUUCUAAAGAGAGAGAUUUUUGCAAAGUAGAGGUGAUUCUGAAUGAACCAAUAACACAAAGAGUUGGGAAACUUACACCUCAAGUGUUCGAUUGCCAUUUCUUACCCAAUGAAGUGAAAUACAUUCACAACGGUUGCCCACUGGUUAAUGAAGACAUUGUGAUGCUGAGAGUAUACAGGUUUACUGCAGCAGAGACCAUUAUAGAGAAGUUUAUUCUUCAUAUAGAGAUCAAAAGCCCAGCAUCAAGUCUUGUUGAGUUUGGACAAGUUUCUCUAGAGGUUCCAGGUUUUCUUGGGAUUUCUCAACCCAUUGACAAAAACAUUUUGACUUUCAAACCCCAUGAGCUUGGUAAAGCCUGCACAGUAAGAAUCAUGUCAUCUGAGUUUCCUCUUUCUGGCCAGAUAGUUGUUGAAGACCCUCAGAUGCCAAAAAAUGAAAACAUACAACUGCUUACUGGACUGAAGAAAGCUGCACAAUCCAAACUCCCUUGUCGCAGCAAUGCUGCCUGCCAUUCAGGGUUAAAAGAAAUACAACUUCUAAAGGUGAGCUGUGAAGACUUUCUGGAGAUGGGUCUUAGAUACCAACACCUCAGCCCUCCAUCACCUGAUAAGGAUUAUAUCGCAAUUCAAGUAGAAAUCAGAGAAAAAAAGAGCAGGCUUCAGUUGCAGGCAGAAAAUGUUUGGAUUCCUGUAAAGAUACAAGGGGCCAUUCCAAAUGGACAACCUCAAGCUGCAUUCAUGUCCAUGUUCAUCUUGGAGAUAGAUGAGUUUAUUCUUACUCCUCUCACAACAGUGACUUUGGAUGCUGAAGAUGAAGAGACUCCAAAGGAAAGAUUGGUUUUCAACAUUACCAAGCCUCCUCCUCAGGGAUACAUUACCCAUCUGGAAGAUCACUCCAAGGCCAUUACAUCUUUCACGUGGCAGGAUUUGUAUGAUAGAAAAAUUGCUUUCCAGCCAUCCAACAUUUCUUACUCUGAGAGACAGAACUUUGAGGUUGAGUUUCAAGCAAUUGAUAGCUUCUUUGCCAACAGCUUCCCUAUCGUAGUCCAUUUUUCAGUCCGAAGUGCGGCAACAAGUGCUCCUAGAGUUGCAUGGAACAUGGGGCUCGACUUGUUAGAAGGACAGUCUCGCCCAAUUACUUGGGAGUCUCUUCAGAUUGUAGAUAAUGACAACCUUGACGCUGUUCAGCUGUUUGUGAUGGAAGGCUUAAAUCAUGGUUGGCUCACAGUCCAAGGGAACAAAAGCUUCAAGUUUGGAGUUAAAGAUCUCAGGGAUGGAGUUGUCCGCUACCAUCAUGAUGACAGUGAUACCACCAGGGAUGAUAUAAUCUUCAGAAUCUUUGAUGGAAAGUACAGUAUUAGAGACAAGUUUCCUAUUAACAUUCUUCCUAAAGAUGACAGCCCACCAUUCCUGGUGAACAAUCUUGUAUUUGAGCUGGAAGAAGGGGACAUGGCUGUUAUUGGAAAUAAUUUGCUCAUGGCUGCUGAUUUUGACUCAAGUGAUGACUAUAUACUCUACAAAAUAUCCAACUCACCUAGUGCUGGAGAAAUUAUCAAGCAACACUUUCCAGAUGGACCAGGUAUCCCUGUGUUCAGCUUCUUCCAAAAAGAUCUCUUCAAUGGUCUUAUUUACUACCGCCAUUUUGGAGGAGAAGUUUUCCAAGACUCGUUUGAGUUUAUUUUAGCUGACAGUCAAGAACCACCUAAUCUUUCAGACCCUCAGAUCAUGAUGAUUCACAUUAAGCCAGUGAAAGACCAUUUGCCAGAAGAAGUCCCAGGAACAGUAAGGAACCUUGUUGUCAAAGAAAAGGACAUUGCAUACAUCACAAAGCACCACCUUCAUUUUACAGAUGCUGAGUCACCAGACAACCAGCUUAUGUAUACAAUUACAAAACCCUGCUCCUCCCCAGCUUCCCCGGGGAUUUAUGAUGCUGGAAAGCUGAUUUUCAUGGACAGCAUGAAAAGUUAUUUGAACAAUUAUUCUACUCCUGCAUUAUCAUCUUUCACACAACAUGCUGUAACACAUAUGAAAGUGGCAUACAUGCCGCCAUUGGUGGAGAUGGGCCCUGAUCCGUUGUUUGUGCAGUUUGAAUUUUCUGUCAGUGACCAGCAGGGAGGAAUGAGGACUGGUCUUCUCUUUAACAUCACAGUGAUGCCUGUGGAUGAUGAAGCACCUGAGAUUUUCACCAGUCAUCUGAAAGUAGAGGAAGGUGCUAGUUCAUUCAUCACUGCAAAGCAUCUACUGGUUACAGAUGUGGACACAAAGACCAGUGAUAUCCAAAUUGAACUGAAGAAAUCACCUUUACAUGGACACAUCGAACUACAUGGAGUUGCCAUGCUGGAGGCAGAGAAAUUUACCCUUUGGGAUUUACAUUCUUCCAAAGUUCGGUAUCAGCAUGACAGUUCAGAAACCCUUGAAGAUAGAGUCAUAUUUUCAGCAACAGAUGGAUUUAACACCGCAGAUGGGACGUUAAGCGUACAGGUCAUACCAGUUAAUGAUGAGCCACCAGAACUGCAGGCUGGAUUAAAAUCAAAUCUGGAAUGCCUGGAAGGAGGUCGAGUGUUCAUUACUACCGAAUACCUGUACGCAACAGAUGCUGACAGUGAUGACUCCAGGCUGAUUUACAUGAUUGCUCGGCUUCCCAAGCAUGGAGUGAUUAAAAAGGAUAACUUGGUAGUGGAUAGGUUUUCUCAAUAUGACCUUACACAAGGAUCCAUCUCCUAUGUACAUACUGGAGGAGAAAUAGGGCACAAGCACAUCAUGGACAGCGUAACUUUCAUUAUUUCAGAUGGAGAAGCUGGAAGAGUGGAUGGCUGUUGUGCUGAUGAAAUUCUCCCGCCCCCUGUACCACUUCACCUUAACCUCCCAGUCUAUGAUCUGAACAUCACAGUGCUGCCUGUUAACAAUCAGUGGCCAGCCAUUGAAAUGGGAGAAAUAUUUCUGGUGGACGAAGGGUCUUCAGCAUGUAUCAGUGUAAAAUAUCUGGGUGCUUCAGAUGAAGAUUCAAAACCUGAGGAGCUGACAUUCUACUUAGAGACAAGUCCUCAGUAUGGUUACCUGGAGAACCUUCUUCCUCCACCUGGGUACGAGAAGAACAAUGAAGGCAUGAAUAUAAGUAUGUUCACUUUUCAGAGCCUCAAGGAUGGUUAUGUCAACUACGUUCAGUCCAAGCACAAGCGUUUAGAACCCACCUCUGAUAGCUUCAUGGUAUCAAUUAGUGAUGGCCUUCAUAAAUCCAUAGCAAUGCCUUUCUACAUCAUCGUUGUUCCUGUUAAUGAUGAAAUACCGAGGCUGCAACUUAGAAACAUAACAGUAAUGGAAGGUGACAUUAGAAGAAUGGGACCUAACACCAUCAAUGCUGAAGAUUUUGAUGUCCCACAAGAUUUCUUGAGAUUCUACAUUGCUGCUCCACCACAACAUGGGUUGAUACUAAAUGGGAUUUAUGGCAGAGAAAAUGAAUAUUACAAGCAAAUAAGCACUGCUACAUUUCAUCCAGAUUUAGAAGUUCACAGCUUUACUUUGGAGGAACUCAAACAAGGCCUGAUGCUUAUGUACAUGCAUGAUGACACAGAAAGCCUAGAGGAUAGUUUCACCAUUCAGCUGACAGAUGGCAAGCACACAGUCCAAGGGACACUUUACAUCUACAUCAUGCCAGUCAACGAUGAAAUCCCUCAUCUUUCCAGGAACACAGGUUUAGAAGUUGAAGCUGGUGGGAAUAAAGUUAUCUCCAGUGUGUCAUUAGAAGUGGAAGAUACAGAUUCUUCAAGGAAUCAGCUCCAUUAUGUCAUCAACAACAAGCCGAAAUGGGGACACCUAAAAAUAAAGAGUGGAUCAUCUUGGCACACCCUGCAUCCUGGAAUGAAUUUCACGCAAGACAAUGUGGACAUGAACUGCCUUUGGUAUUUCCAUACUAACAUUUUGGCUUCAGAAAGUCAUGAUAGCUUCCGGUUUUAUGUGACAGAUGGACAGAACAGCUCUCCACCAGAAAGCUUCUAUAUCUUCAUUAAAAGCAUGGAGAAAGGUGACAUUGUUCUAUUCACCAAACCUGUAACUUUAACAGAGGGUGACAGGGUGACCUUGACGACAGAUGUUCUUAUGGCAACAGAUGGCACUGGCAAACCCGAGAAGCUGCUGUAUGCCAUUUCUGUGCCACCUGUGCAUGGUCAGAUUGAGUACAUCAAUUAUCCCGGCGUGCCCAUUUCCCGCUACAGCCAGUUGGAUGUUGUGGCCCAGAAGGUUUGCUACAUUCAUGACAAUAGCCACGAGGCUAGCAGGGAUUCAUUCAGUUUUACCAUCAGUAAUGGUCACACAGAGAAAAGGGGCCUGCUAGAACUGAAAAUUGAACAUACUGACCAGAUUCCGCCUACCCUCCUUCAUAACAAAGGUCUCCAUAUUGUAGAAGGGGGCAAAGGAUUUUUAACUCGAGAUGUUCUUCAGCUUACUGAUGUAGAUAGUCCCAUAAAAAACCUCACCUAUAUUAUCACCCAGUAUCCGCAACAUGGACAGUUGUACAUGAAAGAGAUGGCUAUACACUGGGGCCAAUUUACACAGCUGGACGUGGAUGAUACAAAAGUGUACUACAUACAUAAUGGAGGAGCUGGGCAAAUUGAUAAAUUCUCAUUUGUAGCUACAGACAAAGUGAAUCGUGGAGUGUUGAUCAAUGGAGAAUUGAGAGAUGACCCCAUCGACUUUACAAUACAGAUUGAAACUAAAGAUAGAAUGGCACCAAAACUUCUCAUAAAGACAAGUCCAACCACCAUACAAAACCUCAGAGAUGGGAGAUUUGCCGUUCCUAUCACAGUUCGCAACUUGAAAGUCAUAGAUGAUAAUAGUAGAGAUGAAGAAAUCAUCUUUAGUGUUCGACGGCAACCCUUAUUUGGGUAUCUGGAAAACCCAAAAGAAGGUGGUUUUCUGCAAAAUUCAUUCACUCAGGAUGAUUUAAACCAAGAUAACAUUCGGUACAUCAUAAAUCCUUCCAUUGAGGUAACGUCAGAUCGUUUUGAAUUUGAAGUUUCAGAUGCAGCAGGCAACACGAUUGUUCCAGAGAUGCUUGAAUUAAGAUGGUCCCGUAUAGAACUGGCACAAACAUGCUAUCGUAUCUGUGAAAAUGUUGGAUCCCUUCCUAUCAAAAUUCUAAGAACAGGUGAAAGUGCUGAACCAUCAUUUGUUGGAAUAAAGGUUGAAGAAGUGUCAGCUAGACGUGGCAUGGACUUUAAGCACAGUAGAGCAAGAUUAGUGCAGUUUGAUCCUGGUGUUUCCGUGAAGAUCUGGAAUAUUCUCCUUCAGGAUGAUGGCCUGGAAGAAAAUGAUGAAGUUUUUAAAAUAAUACUGAACAAGCCUAAAAAUGCUGUCUUGGGACACAAGAGGGAAGUGACAGUUAAAAUUUUAGACCCAAGGGCUGGCCACUGUGAUUUUCCUACAAUCUUCCAAGCUGGUGACACUCGGGAAGUACUGGAGGGUGCUAGCAAGGUCACAGAAAGCCCAUUACCUACUGGCUCUGCAUUCAUACAUAGCAAGGAAGGAAACACUCAUAGCGAAGCAUGGCAUUUGGACAAUAAGAAUCCUCCUUAUCCUCAUUAUCAUUCUUCUCCUAUGGGAGAUGUUCCUCAGAUUGGACACCUGUUUGAUCAUGUAGCCAUGAAUUCCUCAGCUCCUUCUGGUGCUCAACUUAAGGGAAAGCUUCAAGCCACUGAACAUAGUCCACUGAUGGACCAAGGUGCUGGCCCACCAGCAGAUGAAGAUCCCUUUGUUCUUCCAUCUAUCAUUGGGACACCUGCAGAACAGCCCUUGUCUAUUUCAUCUUUUCGCCUAGGAAACAAACAUGACCUUCCUCAGAGAGACUUGGCUGUGUGGAGUGAACUGAUCCCUUCACAAAGAGGCACAAAACAGAGAGCUAAAUCCAGGAGGUGCCCUUCAGGCUGGACAAUCCGAGACAAGUACUGCUACCUUCUGAGUUCUGCUCGCAAUGCAGCAUGGGAAAGUGCUGAAAGAGUCUGCAGAAAAUGGUCUGGUGGCCAUCUAGCCAGUGUGCAUUCCCCCAGAGAAAUGGCAUGGCUUUGGAAGUUUGCCAAUAAACAGCCAUUUUGGAUUGGAUUAAAAGAAGGUAAAAUGGGCAGCUGGAUGUGGACAAAUGGCCGACCAGUGACCUUCCAUAACUUCAAAGAAGGAAAAGCAAAGCCACAAAAGGCCAAUGAAGAAAAAUGUGUUUUUGUGAAAAAGCAGAAGGAAUGGAUUCUGAGACGGUGUAGACAGAGGCUGAAAGCAAGAUAUAUUUGUUCUGUUCCAUCAUUAGCUAAUACUUUCCUAAAACCACAAAAAUGAUUUAAUCAGAAUGUGAAAUUGGUAAGGGAAUUGCUUGAGAUUGUUCCUUUGAGAAAUAAAAGUUACCACAAAUUCUAGAAGUGCUUCUAACAAAGUAACACAAGAGAUUCAGAAGUGUGCAGAUUUGUGUUUUGGUUGUAACUCCCAGAAUUCCCAAGGGCUUCAGAACCAUCUGGAGGAAUUCUGGGAGUCAGCAUCCAAAGAUGUGAAUCUGCACAACUCGGUUAAUGGUGGAACUACGUAAUUCACAAAUAAUGAUGGAGAAAUGUUACUAUCUUCAGUAUAUUUUCCAAGAAACUGCUGGAGAACUCUGCCUGGCUCUUCUCUUAACAGAUUCUACAGAUUUAAAGUUCCAUGUAUUAAAAAAGAGCAGAGAUCACUAAUCAGAACCUUCAUGGAGAAGAGCAACAUAAUACUGGUGCUGAUGGCUAAAAAAUUCUAGAAGCUGUGCUCCAAAACAGUAAUUUUUCUAACCAUUUGUGUAUAGGGAAUGGGCAUUAGGCCAGCUCCUGAAUUAAUUCAAUGUAGCAUGUGUAGAUUUUGUUAAAAAGGAAGAGAAAUAUGCAGAGCUUGUUUUUUUUUUUAAUUACCUGGGGAGGACCUUCUGCACUAUUUAACUUCCUUGGGCAAACUCUUCAAAGUCUGCAAAUCUCCUUUGGCUUGAACUUUAAAGCACUUGUUUAUUAGCAAUGCCUCUUUGUAUUAAUGUAGUAAUCAGGAGUGGAAUAGAGUAAGUAUUACAUUCAUAAAGAAUUACACUAGAAUUUUGGACAGGUUUUCUAAAACCUUUCUAGGGCUCUUAUAAAAACUCAUAACCAAGGAUGUGAGUUUUGCUUCCAAAAAUCUGUUCAAUAAAAUUUUUAUUCCGUUUUUGCAACAUUAGGGAAUGUUCAGUGAAUGUAGGCUUCAUCACUGAAGGGUCCCUUAAAGUUAAUGGAGCCAUCCUUCUUCACACGGGAAAUCUAAAGAUCAUUGGGGUUUGGCCGCAGUUUGUUUCCCUUGCAAGCCUGAGUGCCAGAAAUAUUUCAAGAGAAUGAAUGAUGACACAGAGAGAAGUCACGAAAAGCCAGAUUAGACAUGGCAUCUGUCACAUGGUUCAUGGGUAGCUAAUUUUUAUAGAAAAAAAUAUCUGGGCUCAUGAAUCUGUCAUGGGCCCAGAUAAAGGGUUAGCUUGAGCUUGUCAGCUUAGUGUGGAAGAAAAGUGCCAUUUAAGUCAUAUGUGUCUUUGAAUUUUACAUUCUCCAACAUUGUUAUCCAUGUCGACAUCACGCAGCAGCAAUCUGAAUUAAUAGUGACAUUUUAAUUCUUUUUCUACAAUAAUUAAUUGUUGGACAAGAAUUGUUAUUGUAUGAAAAACAGGUCAUGUUUUUGUAUCAGUUUUUGUUUAUACAGUAUGCAUAUGUAACAAGCACACUCAAAGGGACAGAAGCCUUCCCUCACAUCCCUGAAGAGGCUUCCAACAAAUGUGCCAAAGAUGCUCAGCCUUUGUGGACUUUAUAGAUAUUUCCAAUAAAGUAUCUCGCAGGAGACUAGCUACUGGUGCUGCCACUUCUUUUAGUAAAACAAACAGGGCCAUAUGUACUGUAGGCUGUCAUCAGAAAGCAGCCUCUCUCCUUACAUUAUUUAUUUUUCUUUGUCAUUGGACGUUGUCAUUAAACACACACUAAUAUAUUCUGAUUAGAUCAAAACAUUGAAGGAGCUCUGAAUUUUAAUC